AUGGCCACUAAGCUUGACACAAGCAGCUUACUGUUAGCUCUCUUGUCCAAAUGUAGCCUCCUCACCCAAACCAACCUUGCUUUGUCUCUCCUCUUAGCCUCCAUGGCUUGUCUCGUUCUCUCUCUUUUCUACUGGUCUCAUCCCGGAGGACCUGCCUGGGGAAAAUAUUUCCUUCAUCGCCGCCACCGAACCACCGUGAUUCCCGGACCAAGAGGCUUACCUUUUGUCGGAAGCAUGUCUCUCAUGUCCAACACUUUAGCUCACCGCUGCAUAGCCGCAACCGCAGAGAAAUUCGGAGCCAAACGUUUGAUGGCGUUUAGCAUGGGAGAAACUCGCGUGAUCGUCACGUGCAACCCUGAUGUAGCUAAAGAGAUUCUAAACAGUCCGGUUUUCGCCGACCGUCCGGUUAAGGAAUCAGCGUAUUCCCUUAUGUUUAACCGGGCUAUCGGUUUCGCUCCUUACGGCGUUUACUGGCGAACGUUGAGGAGAAUCGCUUCUAACCAUCUUUUCAGCCCUAAACAGAUUAAACGCUCUGAAACGCAGAGACGUGUGAUCGCGAAUCAGAUCGUGAACUGUCUCAAGAAACAGAGUAGCAGCAACGAAGGACUCUGUUAUGCUCGUGACUUGAUCAAAACGGCAUCGCUUAACAACAUGAUGUGCUCUGUUUUCGGGAAAGAAUACGAGCUUGAACAUGAACAUGACGAAGUGAAUGAGCUUCGUGGGUUGGUGGAAGAAGGUUAUGAUUUGCUCGGAACACUUAACUGGACCGAUCAUCUCCCGUGGCUAUCGGAAUUUGAUCCUCAGAGAAUCCGGUCUAGAUGCUUUACUCUCGUACCGAAAGUAAACCAGUUCGUGAACCGGAUUAUAUCUGACCACCGCGAUCAAACUCGUGACUCGCCUAGUGACUUCGUCGACGUAUUGCUCUCUCUUGAUGGUCCGGAUAAAUUAUCCGACCCGGAUAUGGUCGCGGUUCUCUGGGAAAUGAUAUUUAGAGGAACUGACACGGUGGCUGUAUUGAUCGAGUGGAUUCUUGCUAGGAUGGUCCUGCAUCAAGAUAUUCAGACAAGGGUUCACAACGAGCUUGAUCAGGUCGUGGGGAGAUCAAGAGCCGUGGAAGAAUCUGAUGUGGCUUAUCUGACGUAUCUAACGGCUGUGAUCAAAGAAGUCCUUAGGCUACAUCCGCCAGGUCCACUUCUGUCGUGGGCCCGUUUAGCAAUUACAGAUACGAUCAUUGACGGUCGUCGUGUGCCAGCGGGGACUACCGCAAUGGUGAACAUGUGGGCUAUAGCGCAUGAUCCACACGUGUGGGUAAAUCCAUUGGAGUUUGAACCUGAACGGUUUGUUGCAAAAGAAGGUGACAUUGAAUUCUCGGUUCUUGGGUCGGAUCUAAGACUUGCACCAUUCGGGUCAGGUCGUAGGGGGUGUCCAGGGAAGAACCUAGGUUUGACCACCGUGACGUUUUGGAUCGCGACACUCUUGCAUGAGUUUGAAUGGCCUGCUCCAUCGUCCAAUGAAAAUACCGUUGACUUGUCCGAGAAACUGAGGCUCUCGUGUGAAAUGGCUAAUCCUCUCGCUGUUAAGUUGCAUUGCAGACGCAGUAUAAGCGUAUGAUAAGACUAUUAUACACUGGAGGAAAAAAAUAAAGUAGUGUGCGAGUGUGAAGCAGAAAAGAAAGAUACAAAACUAAAGAAAAACGAGAAUAAGAUAAGCUUUGAAGCUUUUUUAUGUUAAGCUAACAUUUCUUGAUACACAACGUGUGUGGUGGUGUGAG